AUGGAUCGCAUAAGCAAAUCGUAUCUGAUAAAAAUAGUCAUGUCUGGCCUAAACUCUGCUUCUCUAGAACGCCAGGAGCACGUCUAUUUUAGCCGUGGCAAACUACGAAGUUGCGAGCCGCAACUUCGGCUGGCUCGCUUCGGGCCCCGCCGGGACGGGUUCCGCGGCGCUCCCACCCCGCCGGCUCUCCGUGCUCUUCCAGCGGCACCGUUCUCCGCAGGUCGCGGUCCCACGGUGGCUCCGCCGCAGCCCUCUGACCUGCUGGAAAGCGUUAGGGAAGAGCCAGGCGUUUUGGCAGCUCGGUUCCUUUCCGGCCCCGAAGCGGGUUUUGGUUUGGAGACGACGCUCCCGGCGGUGCCCGGCCGGCCAACCCGCGGCGGGCGGGGCGGGGCGCCGUCCGGGAGGCGGGCGGUGACGGCCCCGGGGCCACCGCCCCCCUCAAAUAGCCGCCGCCGGCGCCGCCCCGGUAGCGGAGCCGGUACGGCCAUACCCCCUAUGGUGACGGUGGGGAGCGGCGGCAGCACCACCACCACCACCCCCCACCACCCCGCUGCAGCGGGGGCUCGACAGCUUCCCCGGCCUCUCCCUGCGGCUAUGGGCACUGCAGCAGCGACCGGCGACGCGACGACGACGACGACCCCGCAGGAGCUGCAAGCUUUCCGCGACUACGGGGAGAGCUGGUACCGCUCCCGCAAGGGGCUGGAGAACCGCUUCCAGCCGCGGGAGCCGCUCGCCCGGCAGCCGCAGGUGACAGCAGAGGCGCGCUGCGAGCUGGUCAGCUGGCUCAUCGCGGUGCACCGGUACUUCAGCGUCUCCUUCGAGGCGCUCUGCCUGGCCGUCAACAUGCUCGACCGCUUCCUCGGCACCACCCCGGUGGCCGCCGACUGCUUCCAGCUCCUGGGGGUGACGGCGCUGUUCAUCGCCUGCAAGCAGGUGGAGGUGCAUCCCCCCAGCAUGAAGGAGCUCCUCGACCUCUGCUGCGGCGUCUUCUCCUGCCAGCAGCUCCGCAACCUGGAGUGCCUCAUCCUGCGCCGCCUGGGCUUCGAGCUGGCGGCGCCCACCGUGAACUUCUUCCUGGAGCACUUCAGCCAGGUGCGGCUGGAGGCGCGGGGGGCCGACGCGGGAGAGGCGGCGGACGCCCGGAGCCUGGCAGUGGGCAUAGCGGAGCUCAGCCUGGCCGACUACGCUUUCACCAAAUACGCCCCUUCUCUGCUGGCCGCCAGCAGCCUGGGGCUGGCGGACCAGCUGCUGCGGAACCGCAGUCCCCUGGACCUGCGGAUCAGCGGCUACCCGGAGCGGGUCCUGCGGGACUGUGUGGACCAGCUGCAGCUCCUGGUCUCGCUGAACAGGCAGUUCCUGCCGCUCCUCCUGCCCCCGGAGGUGGUCCAGAAGUGCCACCGCCUGCGGGCUGGUAGCGGCGAUGCCGCCGCCCGUCACUCGCACCUCUAGCCGUCCCGGGCGUAGUGGCCUCGGCCUCGGCCGCGGGCUGGGCUGGGCUGGGUGCGGGCUGGGUCGUCGUUCGUGCUCCGCAGAGCUGGCGUUGAGCCUCGUCAGCUCGGCGUUAGUGUCACUGGAGUUGGGAAAUUAGAUCACGUUUUGCGCCUGAUGUACAGCAGUUGCACUGUCCCUGUGCCGCUCUGUAAAAUCCAGCAUGUAAAUAAUAUACGGGGGUCUCGAGUACUUUAUUAUUUAUUUGGAGUG